CAUCUUGUUCCUACCUAGUUUGGGAAGGUUUUCUCACCCUGUUCCUUCUGGUCCAUUACCAUCUAUAAAGAGGAGGAUCCCCACCUACACUUCAGAGCUGUCAAAACAAACAUACUGGGAACUCUGGGAAUGCUCUUGCAAGGGCUCUCCUCCCAUCUCCAAGGACCAUGGUCUCUUUGGCUGUCCUCUUCAUCCUCAUCAUUCCAGUACCUGGUUUCUGCUUUGAAACUGAGCAGUCUGUUAAAUAUGACAUUCCAAAUGCCUGCUGCCACGCUUAUGUCCGCCGCCAGAUCCCAUACAGCCUCGUCGUAGACUUCUAUGAGACCAGCAGCCAUUGCUUAAAGCCAGGCAUCAUCUUCCUCACCAAUAAAGAUCACCAGGUCUGUGCCAACCCCAGAAGUGAGUGGGUACAGUUGUACAUCUUCAGUCUGAAACAGAAGAAAAAGACUGAAGAGUACCACUCCCAGAUAAAACAUUUCUACAGUAGUGUUAAACUUUCUCCACCUGAAGAAUAAAUAUGGUUUCCAAAAUAAA